AAAAACAAACAGUUUCGAAAUCUCAAUUUCACGAAUCUCUCGCUGUAAGACUCUUCUUUAAUGACUUUGAAUUCCAUCUUAAUGAGACCCAAGGCCGGCAGCCUGAAGCUACCGGCUAGAAGCGCAACAAGCCAAACAAUUCAAUCGAAUGACGACUUUUCCCCAGGACCCAGAACUGACUGCCUCAGGACUCUGUUUUACACGCUGCAGGUGGAGGUGGUGCAAGUACAUCAAACAGCAGCAGGAGCAGCAUCAGUGGCAGACAACAAGGAUGCUGAUGGAAAUGAAAAGAUAAUUUACCCGCAUGUUUCAACAUCAGCCAUCCACGCCCACCAAAAAUACCAGACACCAGAUCCGCAUCCGCAUCCGAUUCAGAAUCCCAGCCCGAGGAGUCCGAGUCGCGCUAUCCGCAUCCGAAUCUCGGCCAGGAACAGGAACAGAAGCCGGCUCAUCCUUGGAGUUGAGCGCGGCUGUCGCCAUCGUCAUCGUUGUCCUCGUUCCUGCUCCAUUCCCGCCCAUCAUCGUAAUCAUCUUCAUCAUCGUGGCCAUUGUGGUGGCCACUAAUGCUAAUGCCCGGCUAUCUGUCUAUCCAUCAGACGGCCAUGUUAUGAUGUAAAUGCCAGGAUCCAUCUACAGUUUCUCCUACUUUGUCCCAGCUCUUUUUGGGCUUGUA